AUGCGACCUCGGCCCGGUCAGGAACAUCCGCCGUCAUUCUCUCUCCUUAACGUGUCCUCCCCCAAGUUCAGCCUGGGAAGGAUGUCUCCAUCGGAGCGGCUCAAGGUGUUUUUGAAAUCCGACGCCGCGAAGCUCACGAUGUGCGUCGUCGGCGUCGUAGGCACCCUCAUGGUGUACGGAGUCAUGCAGGAACGGAUCAUGCGGCAGCCGUACGGUGAGGAGCAAGAGAAGUUCCAGGAGUCGCUGUUCAUUGUUCUUUGCAACCGAAUCCUUACCUGCAGUCUCGCCGUCAUCGUGCUCCUGAUUCAAGGCAAGUCCAUGGCUCCCGUCGCGCCUCUCUACUCGUAUGCCGCGGUCUCCGUGUCCAACGUCGUCGCCACGGGAUGCCAAUACGAAGCUCUCAAGUUCGUGAGCUUCCCCAUCCAGACUCUCGCCAAGUCAGCGAAGAUGAUCCCCGUUAUGAUAUGGGGCACGGCUAUCAUGGGCAAGAAGUACAACCUCAAGGACUACGUGAUUGCACUGCUCGUCACGGGAGGCUGUGCCGUCUUCGUGCUCUAUGGGGACAACAAGAAGCACAGGCAGGUGGAUUCCACCUUCUGGGGCGUUCUUCUGAUGGUUGGAUACUUGGCGUUUGACGGGUUCACAUCGACGUUCCAGGACAAGCUGUUCAAGGGGUACAAGAUGGACACGUGGAACCAGAUUCUCUACAUCUCCAUGUGGUCCGCGCUGCUCUCUCUGCUCGGGCUGCGCUACCGCAUUGUGUAUGCCAUUCGCUUCAUCACCAAGCACCCAGACUGCUUCUUCCACAUCUUCAUGCUCUCAGCUUCUGCCACCACGAGCCAGUUCUUCAUCUCGUACACCAUCAAGACCUUUGGCGCCCUUGCCUUCGCAACCAUCAUGACCACUCGCCAGCUGCUGAGCAUUCUCCUCUCGUCGAUCCUCUAUGGACCUCCACUCACCUUCGGCCAGUAUGGUGGCACGACAAUGGUGUUUUCGUCCCUGUAUUACAAGUCCUACGCGAACAGCAAGGAGAAGAAGGCUGAGGCCAAGAGCAAGGAGAGCAACAGCUUGGAGGGUGAUAAUGGAGGCAAGGAGAUGGAGCCUUUGAUGUCCAGUGGCAAGGAUGGGAGAGACCAACUGGGCAUGGACAGUGAGGGGAAGGAGGGCAAGGUGUGA